UUACUUUAAGAGUAAUUAGUUGAAUAGCCUAAGUCAAUUAAGGCUUAAGCAGGAAGAACAUUUCCCUUGUCUGUAUAAUGGACUAAUACAGUAGGCCUAUGCUAGUACUCAGAUUUAAUCCUAUAUCUGCCUAAACGUUCAGUUGGUUGGCCUACUGUAAAAAUACAUACUUUUUAUUUAACUUUUAUUUUCACAAGGAGUCCCAUUGAGACCAAGGCCUCUUUCGCAAGGGAGUCCUGCAUAUACACAAUUUAUAGGCAACAAGUUAUACAAUUUACCACAGAUUAUUCUCCUAUGUAUUUCUUAUUUGGCAAUCGUGGAAGGGUUGUCACAUAUGAUUUAAGAGUUAUUUGACAAUGGUUUAGCAGAAAUAUAUGCGCAAUUUCAAGACCUUGUAUUGAUUUAUACCUAGGUUGCUAACUGUAAAAAUAUAUAUACAGAUAAGCAUAGGGUUGCUCUUGAAAGUGGAAACGGUUAGUGUUACAUUGACCAUUGUUACAACUUGUGUCGCCAGGUGAAUGGCCAGUGCGCAAUAAUUAAGUCGCUUAGCAACCUGGAAAUAAUGAAUUUGCUGCGGAAGUCCACACGACAAUUUAUUUCACACACAUUUCACUUUAUCAUGAGUAAAAUGUAUCAGUGUGCUGAAAUCUGCUUGCCUAGAAAGAAGAAAGUCCGCGAGUCUUUCCACUCAAAUACAUACAGGAUAUUUGAUGAGAAGAUACCUGACAGAUUGGACCCUGAUAAAGUCUAUAAAUUCCAUUCAUAUCCUAAGAGAGAUCCCAAGGAAUAUGAUCAGCUUAAAAUACACAAUACCCCACAAAUGUACAAUGCCAAGUUCAUAAGAACCAAUGUCAGGUUCAUGAAUGCACCCAUUUCUCACAUGGAGACAGAGAGUACAAUGGCUGAGCAGUGUCACUGGUGGCCCAAUACAUCGUAUCACGAUGUGAGCACCCAGGCACCUUACAGAAAGGACAGCACUCAGAGAAAAGAUUACCAGGCCAUUCAGCAAACACACGCCCUGGUCAGACAUGGGAGGAACAACAACAGAGUGCCUGCUUCAGGAAUCAUUCCCGUACUGAGCCCUAUUGGUAGCCCAAAAGUGUUGCUGGAGCACAUGUCCUUCAUUCACCAAUAUGAUUCAAGGAAAUUACAGCACCAACCAUACCAAGGAAGGAGACACGGAGCUUUAGUGUGGAGCGAGGCUGGGCCGCGGUCUCCCGGCGUGGAGAGCACAUACCUCAACGCUGAGGGGUCAUGUUCGGCAGCGGUGCGGGGAGGAAGCGGGGGCAAAGAGGUAAACUCUCCCCAGCAGCAGGAUUUCAACGAUGGCAGGAUCCACUCCGGAGAGGCGGGCCCCAGAGCUAAAGGCCCAAAGGCCAUCGCCCGCCACUCGCCUACCCAUCCCUCCAGCCAGCUGUUUCACAGCUUCUACACUCCCGUGACACGUAGGCAGGAGUUUAUACCCCAGGGAGGGGUUGAGGGGAUCUCCUCAGUCUCCGACAGGGCUGCGGAGGGUCGGAGAGCUAUGCAUGCGGACGGCGAGGCGACUGCCUUGCAAAGGCAGGGAUCCAACAGUCAACAGGUGGAGGUUCAAGCCCCAGGCCAAAUAGCGAGCUCAGAGCCUAACAACUGAUGGCACUGAUGGCAUUUUAACCCCUUAGGGGCUGCCUUUUGUAAAGAUCUGAGUAGAAAUCGGUUGCAAUUGUGUUACAUUUUUGGUCAGAAGUCAUUUUAAGAUUAAAAUAAUAAAAGGUUCAACCUGAAAAAGUAACUGCUGUUAAAUGGUAUUUUCUAUUUUAAAAAAUACAGUCAUGUCAUGUACAACUGUCAUACCCAAUUCUGAUAGAGCAUGGCGCUUGCAACGCCAGGGUUGUGGGUUCGUUUC